GUUUGUGCCGCUGUUGUUGUGCCGUGAUUGUCGCCUGUUUUUAUUUUAUCUGCCGCCUUCUUCCACCUGUCCCCGCAUCGCAAUUAAAUCAAUUCAUUUGCCUAACAACCUGGCCCGAUAACUGCUUGUUUAGUCGUAUUCCGAACUUCCGACGCAGCGAUCAGAAAGAACCUCCGUGCGAUCUCAGAUCUUCGGUUCCAGUGAAUGUGUUCAGUGCGAAAACAUCGAAUCUGAAGCCCUCAAUUGGGUCCGCAGUUAUUUCAGCGAAGUAACAAAGCAUUCAGACCCACUGUCUUGGCCACGUUAUCGAUUUUCUAACAAUCUGGAGAAACUUGUCCAUAAUUCUUAAGAAUUCUUCGUCAAACGUAGUUGCACAUACAUAUGCCUUCCUCUGCAAUUGGAAUUUCGCCCAUCAUGACGCACAGUGGACACUGGCUAACACGAACAAUUUGUUAUAAAACUUAAUCUUAAAAUAGUUAAUCUGCUUGAAAAAUUUUGUACGUUCGAAGUUUGUUUUGUAGCUAUUGAAAAAAAGCCAAAAAAACGAAAGCCAGAGGUCUUUUUUUAAUAUAGGGAAUUCCUAUGUUCCUGCAAACAAUUACUAAAGUUAAACUUAUUUGUAAAAAAAAAACAAUUUCUCUGUUGUAUUUUUAUAUAACAAAAGUUUUUUUAGUUUGUUCUUAGUCUCGCCUAGUGAUGUGUUACUCUGCCCAAGAUUUAAACAUACAUAAUUGAAAACAAAGAAUAAUAAAAAAUGAAAUAUUAAAUAAUAUUAUUAUUUUUUCGAAGCAAAGCGCUAAAAGACACGACAAAGCUAGUGUUAACCAAUAUUCACUGUUUAGUAUUAGUAUCUGCCUUGAAUCUGAUUUCCCUAUAUUUGCCAAAAUAAACAAAGUGGAAUUGGUCUUUGAGUGCUGUCAAUAACUUAAGAAUCAUCAAAUUCCUUAUCCAAUUCGUCAAGUGUUAGCUUUAUAGAUGUCGAUUCCUGGACUUAAGAAUCCCACUGGGUGACAGAAUUGGGCGAUCUUACAAGCUGUAAUCCCGAAGCCUCUCGUACCAUGUGGGGAGAGAUAUUUGCGGGAGGCAGACUAUAAUAUUCAUGCUCUCAUCUCGUGCGUGACCGAACAAAUAAAUUAAGCACUUUCCCAGGCCCAGAAUAGAUUGGCGUGCACCCUGAAUGUGGAGUCGCGAGAGGUUCGGAAGGUAUUUACUCUCGCGCUAAUGAUAAGAAUUCGUCACAUCGUCAUCGUUUCUGUACCACCGAAAUGAUAGUCAUCAAUGCCUCUGAUACGGGCCUAACCCUCACACCCGAAAUGUUGUUAUCGACCUCGGAAUCAUCGACUCACAGCGCCUCCGAGGUCGCAGGACGACUGCAAGUCGACGUGCGGACUGGUCUCAAAUGGACGGAGGCCAAGUACCGCGCCAAGAUCAUAGGGCACAAUGAGCUGCUGCUCGUCGCGGAUGACCCCACCUGGAAGAAGUACAUUGAGCAGUUCAAGAACCCGCUCAUUUUGCUGCUCCUUGGCUCGGCUCUGGUGUCCGUAAUCAUGAAGCAGUUUGACGACGCAGUGAGCAUAACCAUCGCCAUCCUGAUCGUGGUCACUGUGGCCUUCAUCCAGGAGUAUCGCUCGGAGAAGAGCCUGGAGGAGCUGAAAAAGCUUGUGCCUCCCGAGUGCCACUGCCUGCGCGAGGGCCGUCUAGACACAUUCUUGGCACGCGAGCUGGUUCCCGGGGACAUCGUGCACCUCAACGUGGGCGACCGUGUGCCAGCUGACGUUCGCCUUUUCGAGGCCGUGGACCUGUCUAUCGACGAGAGCAGCUUCACUGGCGAGACAGAACCGGCGCGCAAGAUUACCGACGUUCUGCUAAACAACACGAACGUGAAGGACCACAGCAACAUGAAGAACAUUGCCUUCAUGGGCACUCUGGUGCGGUGUGGCAACGGCAAGGGCAUCGUUGUCAGCACUGGAGAGCGCAGCGAGUUCGGAGAGGUCUUCAAGAUGAUGCAGGCUGAGGAGGCUCCAAAGACACCGCUGCAAAAGUCGAUGGACAUUCUGGGUGCCCAGUUGAGCUUUUACUCAUUUUUGAUUAUUGGCGUCAUUAUGCUUUUAGGCUGGCUACAGGGCAAGCCCCUCUCGGAGAUGUUCAACAUUAGCGUCUCACUGGCCGUGGCCGCCAUUCCCGAGGGCCUGCCCAUCGUGGUAACAGUUACUCUAGCGCUUGGGGUGAUGCGGAUGGCUAAGCGGAACUCCAUCGUGAAAAAGCUCCCCACUGUUGAGACCCUGGGCUGUGUGAACGUAAUCUGCUCUGACAAGACGGGCACUUUAACGAAGAACGAGAUGACGGCCACGAUCAUCAUCACUUCCGACGGAUACAUGGCAGAUGUAACCGGCGCCGGCUAUAACGACCAGGGGGAGAUUCACAUCCGACACUGCAACAACGUGGAGAUGGCCAAAGCCAACAUUACGAACCUCCUGGAGAUCGGCGCGGUCUGCAACAACGCUUACAUCCAAAAUGGCACUUUGCUAGGCCAGCCCACCGAGGGAGCUCUUGUGGCUGUGGCCAUGAAGAACGGAAUGUACGCCACCGCCGAGAACUACGUUCGCAUCCAAGAGUACCCCUUCAGCUCGGAGCAGAAGAUGAUGGCUGUCAAGUGCAUUCACAAGUACAACAACAACAAGGAGGAGAUUUUCUUCGCCAAGGGGGCGUUAGAGACUCUGCUGCCGCAGUGCACCAAGUACCAGUUCGGCACCCAGACGGUACCACUAACCAAGCAGAACGAGGCCGAGUUCCUAGCCGAGGCGUACGAGAUCGGGCGCAAGGGUCUCCGAGUGCUGGCGCUGGCCAAGGGCCGGUCCAUGCAGGACCUGAUAUACUGCGGCCUGGUCGGCAUCACUGACCCACCGAGGCCUCUUGUCCGAGAGUCCAUCGAAAUGCUGAUGCAGAGCGGAGUGCGGGUCAAGAUGGUGACUGGAGAUGCCCAGGAAACGGCCUUGGCCAUCGCGAAUCUCAUCGGCAUUGAUACAAUCCACCACCAGACGCUAUCCGGUCAGGAAAUCGAUCAAAUGAACGAGCACCAACUGGACAAGGUGGCUAACAACGUGGGCGUCUUCUACCGCGUUUCGCCACGCCACAAGCUGGAGAUAGUCAAGUCCUUGCAGCGCACAGGGAACAUAGUCGGCAUGACUGGCGACGGGGUCAACGACGGAGUGGCUCUUAAGAAGGCGGACAUCGGCAUUGCCAUGGGCAAAAACGGAACAGAUGUGUGCAAGGAGGCUGCAGACAUGAUCCUGGUUAACGACGAUUUUCACACUAUCAUCGCUGCCAUCGAGGAAGGCAAAGGCAUAUUCUACAACAUCCGGAACUUUGUGCGGUUCCAGCUCAGUACUUCAAUAGCCGCGCUGGCCCUUAUUGCCCUAGCCACUCUGAUGGACAUUGCCAACCCGCUGAACGCCAUGCAGAUUCUAUGGAUCAACAUCAUAAUGGAUGGGCCGCCCGCACAAUCCCUGGGCGUGGAGCCCGUGGACCACGACGUGCUUAAGCAGAAACCGCGCAACGUUAAGCAGCCUAUGAUCACAAAGUCUGUGGUGGUAAAUGUCCUGCUCAGUGCCAGCAUAAUAGUGUUGGGCACGCUGUGGGUAUUCCAGCGCGAGAUGGCCGACGGGACGCUGGGGAAGACCAAGAGGGACACGACCAUGACCUUUACUUGCUUCGUAUUCUUUGACAUGUUCAAUGCGCUGUCUUGCCGAUCGCAGACGAAAAGCGUAUUCACCAUUGGACUUACAACCAACCGCAUGUUUCUGCUGGCUGUCGCCUUUUCAAUUAUUGGUCAAAUGCUGGUCGUAUACUUUCCGCCGCUGCAGAUGGUUUUUCAGACGGAAGCCCUUACGCCAUACGACAUAUUCUUUCUGGUUUCCCUUACCUCCUCAGUGCUGGUGGUCUCCGAGAUAAAGAAAUGGUUCGAGCGCACCAUGGAGCGCAAGGUGUACAGCACCCGCUCCGAGCUGGACUUUGUAUGACAAAACGCAAGCGCUAGAGAAGACUUGCACCCCAAAGCCGAGUAAAUUAAAAACUUUAACAAAAAAAAACCCACAAAAAAAGCAAAAACUAUGCCAAAACAAGCGAGGAGAGCUGCAAAAGCAGCCCAAGGGAAGCAAGAGCCGAUAAAGGAGCAAGGCAGCAGCGAUGUGUGUGUUUACUUUUACAUUUGACUCGACAAAUUAUCAAAAACUUAAUCGACAAUGUGGGGUUUCUACCAGAUUGGGCCUAGCAGGGAUUUUCUUAGAUUUGACGAAAGCUUCCAGGUUGGUUUUAUGCUCUCUGUAAUUUAUGCGUUUUAUUUUAAUGUAUUGUGUUUAUAAUGUAAGUAGAAAAUUUGUGUGUAGAACUUUUCUUUUAUUUUUCGCUUUUUAAACAUUCUUUCAGAUGCUCUGAAAAAGUUUUCCAAAACUAUUGAUAUCUCAGCGUAAAGCGCACCAUUUAUAUUUUAAAAUCUCCAAUUGGCUGCAAUAGCUAAUUUUUCAUGUACUUUCUAUUUCCAUUUUAUAUUUAAGUGCUGCUGUAGUUUUAAUGCUCAUCACGCAAAUUAAGUCAAUUCAAAGUGUUUAAUAAUCUAUAAAAUUGUCGGCAAAAACAGUUUAAUGUGAUAUUAUUUUAAGCACAUAAACCAGGUCAUCCCACAAUAAGGCGAAAUGCAAAUUUUGAUUUUAUGUUGAUUUGCACAUCCGCUUGUGGCGCCAAAUAUUUUAUUUUUUAAAAAUAAAACUUAAACUGUAAAAAAAUUUUAAACCAACUAGUUGCAAAUUUAUUUUCUGAUUAUUUUAGAUCUUACCUUUUUUCCCCGCAGCGAACCAGCCAGAUUGUAAAUCAAGUGAUCGUUUUCGUGAAUGCGAUUAGGUUCAACAGGCAAAUGCAGAUACAACCAGGUCUUAGCAAACAUAAAUGAAAAUAAAAUGGACAAGAGUCAAUGAUGACAUGGCAAGGACAAGGCAAAGCAAGGCGUAGUGAAAUAAAACACGGUUUUUUUUUGGUGAUAUUGAUAAAUAAUUUAUUCGGUAUUUGAAAAGCAAGUAACAAAUUUGUGUAAAAUUUACGCAAAUCGGAACUCUAGCGCGUUAGCUAAAAUAUGAAUUUUGAAAAAAUGACCUCCAUAAAGACAUCAAAUGGAAAGUGAAGAUCGGCACAAGAUUUUCAAAAACUUAAAUAAUUUAGUUUUAUGCGUAGUUUUAUAUUCAAAACAAUUUCGAUGCGUUGAUAGUUUGUCGUUUUGCCUAGGACUUACUAUCUAUAACAGAAUAAUGCACCAAACCAAAUACAAAACUUCACAAGACAAACAUCACCAGAUUUAUCGAAUGAACUGCAAUUUAUUAAAUUACGCUCCUAUGUUUAAAGCAAACGGUAUUCUUAAAAUAAUUCCAAACGGAUUCACAAAACUUUAUUUUCUGGCUUAGAUUAAAGACAUAUGCUAUCAAUAUAGGAAAGAAAUCAAGAAAUCAAAUCAUGUUAGUUCUUUACUUAAAGCAAUUAGAUUCAACGAUAAAAAUCAAAAAUAUCCAUCUUAAUAGUCAAUUAAUAAUUUUUUUAAAAAUUAAAAGAAAUAUUAAAUUCAAUAGAAUACCAAGAGUUGUCUCAGCUAUAUUAUUGAACUCUCUAAAUAUCAUUGUCAUUCGAUUCAUAUCAUAACAACUCAGAAGUUUUAUACCCAUUAAACGAUUUUACCAAUGCACUGGGAAGCAUAUCACAUUUUCGAUGGCUUGUUUCCGAUCACCAAAACUACUGUACUGGGGUGACAAAGUCUUGUUGGAAUCGUGUUUGUACGUUUCAACUGAAUUAUUUGUCACCCCCGAUAAAGACAUUCAUGUAUUUAACAAUUUGGCUGAAUGCAAUUUUUGUUCGCGCUGCUAAUGGCAAUUAAUGGACCAAUUAAGAAAUUGUUUAUUUAAUCACACAUCAGUCUAAGCUCGACAGAGACUCAUUCUCAUAUAUCAAGGCAAAAAAAAAAAAAGAAAAAUCUUAAAACAAAAAUAAAAAAACGAAAAAUAUAUAUUAAAAAUAAAGCUCGUUCAACGGAGCAAGCAAUCAAAGGCUCAUUAUAUAUUACCCCACGCAUCAAGGCAUACUAAAAGUACACAACACAAAAUAUACACAGACUAACACCCACACACAUUCACUGACAUCUCAUCCACAAUGGUAACAAUAAUUAGAAAAUUAAGCGUAUUUAUUAAAACAAACAAAAAAAUUAAUGUCUGAAGGAAUAAAUAAAUUGCACCAAAUAAUAUGAAUAUAUUAAUCAAAACAGGUAUAAAUUAAUUUAUUGAAUUUAAACUAAACUAUUAAAAGUUUUGCAAAGUAAAGAUCCAAAUCGGUCUUUGAAUUACAAUAAUUUAAAUGAAUGAUGAUAUUAAAAAAACUCUUACCCACGGAAAUAUUUUUUAAACGUCUAUGAAAAUUAUGUGAGCCCCUUAUAUUUGUAAGUGUAAAUGUCUAACAAUGCUGGCUAAGCUCCAAAAAAUAUGGAGCAUAAUUCAACAAAUUAAAAAUUAUUGUUUCUACAGAGUUCGGUUAAACGAAAUGUACAAGCUGAUGGCAAACUUACAAAUCUUUAAAUAUUCCUUUCAUAACCGUAACCUAAAAAAAUUAACUAUAACUAUCUGUGCUAUUAAAUGUAAGCUUUAACAAUAUAUGUAUCUAGAUAAAUACCAAGCAUUACGAAAAAAUACACACAUUUUUCGGAAAUAUUUGGUACUUUCCCCUCAGCAGUAGAACUAAUUUAAAUAAAACUUUCAUCGUUGUGUUUCAUUGAAGCCAUCUCUUAACAA